GCUAAUGUGACAAAUCUAGAGGCCCCCAAAAAUACAACAGGCACUCGAGAAAUUCAAAUUAAUUACGCCCGACAUGGGGCACAAGCGAAUUUGCACACGCUGAUAAGAUAAGAGCCCAAAGGAUAACCCACUGUUAAGUAUGCCAUGGGCAAGUGCGUCUCCCGGCAGUCGCCCAUCGAACUCCACCACCAACUGGAGUCCCCAGCCGGGGAGCAUCAUCAAUCUGUAUUGACAAUCGCCCUGUCCCACCAAGAUCUGGCCCAGGCGCACAAAAUCUGGCAACAGUUGACAGCGAGUAAUGAAUACAUAGCAGCCACAAAGUCAUCAUCCUCGCCGGAAGAGGAGCCAGCGCCAUUUUAUUAUACCAUAAGCCGAAGGAAACAGCCGGAUGAGGUGGUGGACUCCGGGUCUCUUUACAAUGAUGCCCCCAAGGAUACGGCAUUGACGACGUUGGACGACUUGGAGUACUCCACUUGCCAAGAGUUUCUGUUCCAGGAGCUCCUCUUUCAGGCCAUCAGCUCAGAAAGGGGUACAGAAGAAGAGUCAGAGGAGGAGGAGGAGGAUGAGGAGCAGCACAUUCUGAAUCAGGCCAGAGUCUGGCCAGAACCAAUAUUACAAAUUCAGAACCACAGCUAUCUGGCGGGCCAGGCGGAGAGCAAGAAGCACGGCAGCAAGUCAAGUCGCCGACAUCACAAUGGCAACGGAAAUGGAAAUGGAAACGGAAACGGUAGCGGAUCGGAGGCACAGGAUCAGACGGUGCAUACCAAAGGCACCGCCAUGUCCUUUGGCUUCCGCAAAAAGCUCAACGGUACCCCGAAGAAGUUCAAGAAACUCCUGGACUCCGGCGACAAAGGCAACGCUCAGGCAGACACAAAGGACGACAAUGGCAAUGCAGCUGCCACGCCGAUUCACUUUGAGAAAGUAGGCGCCGCCGCCCAGAAGACCGGCCCGGGCACCGCCACAGGUGCGGCAGCGGCACGUUUCGGCUAUCGAGGGGCAGUGCCACGCCCCGCUUCCACAGGCCUGACAGGCCGCAAUGAAGAGUCCGAUACGGAUACUUCCCAGAACAACAACAACAUAAAUAAUAAUGGGAAUGGCGGAACGGGAAGUGGGCCGGUGCUGGUGAGCAAUCUGAAACGCCGCUCCAAGAGCGCACAUGCCGGACGUUCCGGCGACGGAGAUGGUCCCAAAAUAACCCAACCGAAGACACUGACGUUCAACCUGAACCAGAACACCACCAUCGAGUACCAGAGGCGGCAGUUCUUCGGCGAGAUAGCGGACGAAUCGUCCGGAAUUGCACCCGGAUCCGGGUCGAGAGCCAUGCAGCCGCGUCACUACAACUACAACAACCUGGCCAGCAUGCACGCCAAUGUCAUAGUACGCCCCACACCGCGUCCCACUCCGGCCAGCUAUGCCAAGUUCACCCUGCAGACGGUGAGCCUGCCCAGGCCGGAGUAUCCGGUGGCCAUCAGCCUGACAGCCACCACGCCUACUACGCCCAGCAGCAGUGUCCAGUCACCGGUGCCCGCACACUCCACGGGAGCCAGAGCCAAGGACACGGCCACCUCCUCUCGACAGCAUCCCCUCACCUCGGUGCACGUCCAGCCCCAGUCCCAGCCGCGGCAUCUCGACCAGAAGAGCGUCAAGCAGCUGACGAACAACUCGACGCGCAGGGGCUUCUCGGGAAGCCGGGAGAUCAGUGCCGACUCCGGAAUAGCCAGCAUGGACAUGGCCCUGGACAGCAGCUCUGGCAGCUCGGUGGGCUCCAAGAGGAGUCGCAGCCGCCCCCGGAACCUUAAGAUGGUGAUGAGCGGCAGGCACACGUUCGAGGUGCGCGACGUGGACGAUCCGCCCUCGAGUGAGUCGAACUCGUUUGUGGAGCCACUGGCUCUGCCCAAGCUGCCCACGGAUGGCAGUCAGAGCACUCCGUUGCCACUGCUGGGAUUAGUGCGUUCGAAUACCGUGCUCAGUCGGGAGACCUUCGAGAGACGCCAGGCGGAGGCCACGGAUGGUGCCUCGCAGGAUGUUCUGCAGGUGGCGGUGAAGCCGAAGCCCAGUGGCUCUGAUGAGAGCGAGAGCGUGGAUGAGGAGAAGCUGUACCUGGACUCCUCCACCUCGGAGAAGAGUGCCAAACAGCUGAGCCAGUCCUCGGUGGCUUCCACCUGGCGGCAUCAGGGAGGCGAGUCCCUGGCCGCCCGCGACUGCAGCAGCAUGAGCAUGAGCAUCAGCAGCGACGGCAUCCAGGAGCCGGAGCGUCCUGCCAGGGACAACGACAAGGAGGAGGACAUGUCGCUCGGCUUGGAUGACAUUAGCAUGAUCAACACGGACAUGCAGUUUAGCACAAUUUCUUCAAUGACGGAGACUCCACCCAGGGCAGGUCAGGAGCCGCUGCUCAAGAUGCAUCUGGUGGAUAACCGCGAGGUGGGUGUCCCCGAUCGCCCCCGAUCCUUCAACAAUGCCCUGAACGAGUCCAAGUUUGCGGAGCUGGCACUGGCCAGUAGCAGCUGCCUUCUCCUGGAUGACGAGACUUCGCCCACGGAUAGUCUGGUCAGCAGCACGGAGGACUCCGAGGAGGCAGCCGGCGGAAAGAUGCAGAAGCACAAGCUGAAUGAGGAGCUUCAGCAGAAGGACAUCGACUUGGAUGAUAUCUCGCCAGUCUUGGAACUGGAUAUGGAUCCGCCAGGAGAAUCUGGCACUCGCAGUCCCAUCUCCCCCGGCACGCCCACUCACGCCUCCCAUUCCCUGUCCCUCGGCUCGGAUUGUGGUAACCUGAUCGAUGAUGAGAUCGCCGAUCAGCCGGCCUUGUUGUGCAACAGCGAGGCCCAGGAGAUGGCCACCGACACCCCCACUCUGAUGGAAACGCUCACACACACCCACACCCAUACAGGAUCCCUGCGAUCCUUGAAGAGUCAGUCCAAGGCGCGUACAGCCCUCCAGCAGGCCAUCGAGCUGAGCCUCAGGACCCCGGCUUCGAUUCGCAAGGCAGUGAUGGACCGAGCCGAGUCCUUGGAUACCCUCUCGCCCUGCGAGUCCAUUUGCUCCGACGACCUGAUGAUGGACUUUGACGUGAACAGCAGCCUGGACUCUAUCGAUCACAUGGCCAAUGCCAAUGGCAGGAGCCGAAGUGGCUCGGAUCUGCACAGGAUUGGUCAGGGUGGUGGACACGAUAUGGACGCUAUUCAGGCGGAGACCGAGGCGGAGCUUCUUUCUGAGCUGGAACGCCGAGGCAGUGAUGUGAUGAAGGAGCUAAACACUUUGUUGAGGGGCAGGAAGCAGCGAGGAGGUCCUCGGGAAAGGAUAAGCGCCCAAUUGCCAGCCCGAGCCACCAGAUUGCUGAACCGCUCCCGUCUUCAGGAUCCCCAGCUCGGAGGCAACGACUCGGACAACAGCCUGAGGUCCUCCCACAGCGGCGGAGCUUCGGCGGCCGCUGCCGCCCGCAAAAGGAGCACGGCCAACUCACGGGCCUCCACCGCCUCCACGGCCAGUUUGCCGCGCCAGCGUCCCCUGCACCUGGGUGCCGGAGCCGGAGGGGCAGGAGGAUCCGCUGGCCAGAGGUGCAGUGGCGAGCUACACAGCUCAUCGGACGAUCUGAUGUUGUAUGACAAGUCCUUCCGGAAUGCCAUGAUCCAGGAUGUGCUGCAGUUCAAGAAGCAGUUGUUGCGACUGCGACACAUCCUCCAGGAGGAGCCAGAUUUUGAUUUAAAACGGACGGAAACGCUCAAUCCAUUCGAGAACGACAACGUCCAGUUGUUCGCCGCCUGUGGGCUGGACAGCAAGCAGCUGAAUGACAUCGAUCUGGCCAGCCUGACCUCGUCGACGACGGAGGAUCCGCUCCAGGAGCUAUCCGAUCUACGUAGACAGGUGGUUUACCUUCAGGGUGAAGUGGACGAUCGUGAUCGCACCAUACGCCUGCAGCGGAAUCUCAUCGAGCAGCUGGAGGCCGAGAAGCGAAUGCAUACGGUCGCCAAUGGAAACGGUGGCGAUCCACCCAAGGAGCUCAUCAGCAUGGCCACCCAAACGGAGCGGACACGACCACUUGCCAUUGGUGCGGAGGGUUUGUCCAGAAGUAAGCCCGAAUAUACCAGUUAUACCACGCACUUUCCGACGCUCCACUUGCACGACUCUACGCUGGCCGCCACCACAAUAAUCCGGCACCACCAGAGCAAUCCGGGCAAGCAAUUGGCUCCGGGAAAUGGCAACUGUCCGGCCUUGAACCAGACCCGCCGGCACACCAUCAUAUCCACAACGCUGACCAAUUACAACCAACAGUUGGCCGCCACUUUUCCGGAUACCCCGCGUCGCUCCUCCAUCGGCUGGGACACAACAACGACAACACCCUUAGUCCCGGCCCCCACACCCUAUAGGCCCGUGAGGAUCACCUUAAUAGGUGAUCCGCUGCCCCUGCAAAAUAAGUCAGCCACAGGAUCACUCUCAUCCGGAUCAACGUCCGCGUCCUCGUCCACAUCGUCCUUGACCGGCAACCAGGUGGGUGGCCAGGGGGUUAAGAUGCGAUAUCCCAACGGGUGUCAGAGUGUCAAAAACGGGCCAAGUGCGCAUUAUCAGCCGUUAUACAACAGCAACAAGAUGACAAACCCAACCGUAACUAUAGUCUGAUUUCUAAACCAGAUAUCCAGGAUCGCCUAAAACUCCGUUUCUUUUAAAAAAAAAACAAAUCAAUAUUGUUAAUUUUGCCGUCGCAAGUCUUCUGAGAUCGCUCCAAAAACUAAAAAGAAACAACCGGAACCGGAAACCAUUAGCCGGGCAUUGUGAAAAUAGGCCUAGUACAAGUUCUACAUAAAACUAAUAUAAGCUGAUAUCCAUAUAUAUUUGCUCUGGAACAGUUUAGUAAAAUAUUUGCAUGUAAGGAUUGUACUUUAUAUACAAUAUUCGUAACCGUAACGUAUAUCCAAUGCUUCAAUAUAAAGAUAAUCUAAAUUUAACCAAAUCUUCUGCUGGCUUCGAUUUUGGCUUCCAAGUACAUUUUGUUAGCCAAAGCAUUUUCGAGAGCCUCCAAAUAAAUGCUAAGCACAAAGAUCUAAUAAUCGUGCAGUUAGUGUAAUAAUCUAUUAAAUAUUUUAUAAUCAUAGAGUUGUUAAUUGUUUUUUCCACCUAAGUUCUUAGUCUAAGUUAGUGAGUUUUACUUGGUUUAGUUUUCCUGUAGUCUGUAUUUUAUGAGCUAUGAUGAUGCGAG